AUGGAGGGGGAGAAGAAAUCGCCGGCGUCGGCGGUGUCCGAUGUGGGCGCGUGGGCCAUGAAUGUGAUCAGCUCCGUCGGGAUUAUCAUGGCUAAUAAGCAGCUCAUGUCCUCCAACGGCUAUGCUUUCACCUUUGCGACAACUUUAACUGGUUUUCACUUUGGUGUUACUGCACUUGUUGGUAUGAUAUCAAAUGCUACGGGGUUGUCUGCAGCAAAGCACGUGCCUUUUUGGGAACUUCUCUGGUUCUCAAUUGUAGCAAAUCUGUCAAUCACAGGGAUGAAUUUAAGCCUCAUGCUAAACUCAGUCGGAUUUUACCAAAUCUCAAAGCUGAGCAUGAUUCCUGUGGUCUGCGUCAUGGAAUGGAUCCUUCACAACAAGAAGUACUCAAAUGAAGUUAAAAUGUCUGUUGUGGUUGUAGUUAUAGGCGUUGGCGUUUGCACUGUGACCGAUGUCAAAGUGAAUGCCAAAGGGUUUCUUUGUGCUUGUGUGGCAGUUUUUGCAACAUCUUUACAGCAAAUUUCCAUAGGAUCCCUGCAGAAGAAGUAUUCCAUCGGAUCAUUUGAACUGUUGAGCAAAACAGCUCCCAUCCAGGCUUGCUCUCUCCUUGUGCUGGGCCCGAUUAUCGACUACUAUCUUUCCGGAAAAUUGAUUUUCGACUUCAAUUUUGGUGGUGGAGCCAUUUUAUGCAUACUCCUCUCGUGUUCUCUGGCCGUUUUCUGCAAUGUGAGCCAAUACCUCUGCAUCGGACGUUUUUCUGCUGUGUCCUUCCAAGUCUUGGGCCACAUGAAAACCGUGUGUGUCCUCACGUUGGGUUGGCUGCUGUUCGACUCGGAACUGACUUUCAAGAACAUAUUGGGAAUGGUUGUUGCAGUUGUUGGCAUGAUCAUUUACAGUUGGGCCGUGGAAGUUGAAAAGCAGCAAGGCAACAACAAGUUGAUUUCUCAUGCGAAAAGCAGCUUGACAGAGGAAGAAUUUAGGUUGCUGAAGGAGGGAAUAGAGACGAUCCCUCUCAAGGAUGCCGAGCUUGGUGAGGCCAAGUAG